UCCACUCGUCACACGGCUCACAUAAAAGACAGCCCAUUGUCUUCAGCGGCCGCUGUUUGACUCUCCACGCUUCUGCAGACACCCAUUCACAUUCACAGGGAGAGGAGCCUUACAGACCCAGAGCCAUGAAUCCCAAAGGGGAUAAGCCGAAGUCGAAGAUUUCGGCUUCUCGCAAGCUCUCCCUCAAGAUGCUACUCCUCCAAAGAGCCUGUGACGAUUUGGAGAGGGAGACCCAGGACAGGGAGGAAGAGAAAGUGCGUUAUCUAGGAGAGAAGUUGCCCCCUUUGCAACUGUCUGGAUUGUCAAUGGAUGAGCUACAAAAUCUAUGCAAGCAGCUUCAUGCAAAAAUUGAUACUGUGGAUGAGGAGAGAUAUGACUGUGAAUACAAAGUGGGCAAGCACAACAAAGAUAUCCAUGAGCUGAAGCUGAAGAUACAGGACCUUGGAGGCAAGUUCAAAAAACCUGCCCUGAGGAAGGUGAGGGUGUCAGCCGAUGAGAUGAUGAGAGCUCUCCUGGGCUCCAAACACAAGGGCUCGAUGGACCUCAGAGCUAACCUCAAGUCUGUGAAGAAGGAGGACGUCAAACAAGACAAGGUGCAUACUAAUGAAGUGGGUGACUGGCGUAAGAAUGUGGAGGCCAUGUCAGGCAUGGAGGGCCGCAAGAAGAUGUUCGAUACAGGCGGCGGAGCACAGUGAGCCACUGCAAAGGAUGAAGCUGAUCUAUUAAAAGCAGGGAAAAGGAAACUGUCCAGACAGAAAUAUGGAGUAAUUAUCUGAAUGCUAAUCGACUAAGGAAUUCAGCAUAAGGUCAAAAGCAUGUAUAACCCCCAGUUCAUCAGCUGUGCCUCUAUUUGCUUGAUGGCCAUUUUCUAAGCAAUGACUCAGAGCACUUAAAGUUUAGGAUGAGAUGAGACCCAAUGUUUUUUGUUACCAAAGAUUUUUUUUCGUUUUGUUUUGUUACCACAUCUUUAGGCAGUUAAAGUGGAUAUGAAUAAACAGAUAUUGUUUCAGUC